AUGUCCCAAGUGAUGACGCCACUGGCAUGGCCCACCCAAGCACGCACAGUAACUCGCCAGCAAAAACACACCUCUCUCCUCACCACACCGGUCCCCACCUGCGCAUCGACAGAAUGGAAGUACGAAUACUACAAAAUCACAUGGAUGUUCCGUGAACUCAUCGCCUCAGAACCACUCAGUGGCCCCCAAAAGUGGAAACAAGAUCUUCUAGCCGAGGCUCUACGAGUCCUACACAGUAUCCAAGACUCCUCCGAAUCUCCCGCUGCUGCCUCGCGACAAGACCACAGCAAGUGGUGCGAUGUCAUGGUGCGCAGAAUCAUCGCGGAAUCAUUGUGGGAAACGGGGGGUACCGUCUCUUUCUACGAUUGUUGCGAGCAGAUGCGAACAGGAAGGAGCAAGGCUGCUGCUGCGAGAUUAGCAUCGCAGGCCAGACAAAGUUGGACUACAAUAACAGGCACAGAUCUUAGCACGGAAUUCAGCCUGGCUGCAUGAAGCAUGCAAAAAGGGGAUUGAAGGUGUUGAUUUUUCGUUUUGUUUGUGCAUACAGAAAAAAUAGAAAGGAAUGGAUGGGAUGAAUGGAUAUGGAAGUCAGGUGAAUUGUGACUUGUACCUUUUUGCGAUACAGCACACAGCACCAGCCUAGAACCCAAGCUAGGAAAGAAAACAGGGACCAAGAAGUCGAGAAGUUAUGAACGAACAGAGAGAUGGAGCCAGCGCCAAAUAGAGCGAGCGGGCAGUGGAGAGAAAGAAGGAGAGAGAAAGAAAGAUACCAGGUAG